AUGAAUUGUGAUGCCUCUAUCCGGGACAACCUCGGCGGGUAUGGAGCUAUCGGUCAUAACAUGGCAGAUCACGUAGUUUUUGCCCUCGCUGGGGCCUUGGAGGAUAGUAACAUUGUUCGAGUGGAGCUGAGGGCUAUCAUGAGUGGCUUGAAAAUGGCUAGUGCCCUACAUAUAUCUCAAGUACAGGUGCAGUCAGACUCAUUGAUGGCUGUUCAGAUGGUUCUUGGACGAGUCCAAACCUCAUGGUAUGUGGCUAAUUUGGUGGAGGAUAUCCGAGCUCUGAGAAAUGGCUUUCGAGUUGCAUUUUCUUGUUUCACGUCGGAGAUAAAUUUCGCAGAUUUCUUGGCAGCUUCCUACACUCUCGAAAUUUAG